CUAGUUGUUUCAUGUGCCUGUUCAGUGUUCAUUUGUAUUAAUUUAUGUCCUUUAAUUAAUUAAUAAUUACUAUAUCUGACUAAGACUCCAAUAAAAGCAACAGAGUUUAUGAUAUAAGUAAACGACGUUAACCUUUCUUAUAAAUAACAGUUAAAAAAAUUGUUCAAAAGUUUUUUCGGAUAAUAACCGCUUUUAAGUCAUGAAUAUUGAAGUGUUUACUUCCACUGUGGUUGGUAUUUAUUUGAUAGUUUCCAAAUAUGGCUUUUUACGAAAUUGGUAGCAAUGUAUCUUCACAUAAUAUAACGGAUUUGUCAAACGACAAUAAUAUUUUAGAAGAUUUGUCUAUAAUUCCUUUAGAGAAAGAUAGUUUUGCAAUAUGUGAAUUGUGCGGGCGAGUGGGUCGCCGCGGUCAGUUCUACGCUCGUAAUAAUAAGUUCUGUUCACUAAGAUGUCAUGCCAGUAAUAAUUUAAGAAGGAGGUAUUGUAACUGGAGAUUCAAGUUGAUGGAAGGGGCCGAACAUAUGGCAGGACUAAUCCCGCUGGAACCACUGCCACAGUUGCAGCACUGGCAAGCAAAUUUUAAUGAUCUCCAAGCAGGACCUAUUAAGCAAUCUGCUGCAUUAAUAGCUAACAGUUAUGAAUGGAAGGAUGAACUAUUUGGGUGUGAUUUCCUCGCUGCCCCUGUCAGUCUGUUCAAACAUGCACCAUUACAUGAAAUGUGGGAUAACACUUUCGAAGGAAUGAAAGUAGAAGUAAAGAACACAGACUGUGAAAAUUACUCAGAAAAGCUACAUGAUUACUUCUGGGUAGCGACAGUUCUCAAGGUUAAAGGCUAUAUGGGUCUUCUAAGGUAUGAAGGUUUUGGAAGUGAUGAUUCUAAGGACUUUUGGGUUAAUCUUUGUUGUUCUGAAGUACAUCCAGUUGGCUGGUGUGCAACACGUGGUAAACCACUAAUACCUCCUCGCAGUAUAGAGGACAAAUAUACUGACUGGAAAAAGUUUCUAGUGAAACAGCUCACAGGAGCUCGAACUUUGCCUGCAAAUUUUUAUACUAAAUUAAAUGACAGCCUUGUAUCAAGGUUUUCUAUAGGUUCAAUCAUGGAAGUAGUAGAUAAGAACAGGAUUUCCCAAGUUAAAGUGGCUAGUGUAUGUGAAAUAGUCGGAAAACGUUUACACAUAAAAUACUAUGAUAGUUCGCCAGAGGAUAAUGGCUUCUGGUGUCAUGAAGACUCCCCGUUGAUUCAUCCUGUGGGCUGGGCGUUCCGAGUAGGACAUUUGUUAGACGCUCCACAAAGUUACUGUUCAAGAGUAGCGGCAGGACGUCUUUUGCCAAAUGAUACAACAUCGGAUAUGUUCUACAAGUACCCUACAAAUGAACCGCCCUUGUUUUCUGAGGGUAUGAAAUUAGAAGCGAUAGAUCCAUUGAAUCUGUCAGCGGUUUGUGCGGCGACUGUGAUGCAAAUUUUGAAUGAAGGCUAUAUGAUGAUUAGGAUAGAUUGCUAUCCCGCGGACGCAUCGGGCGCGGACUGGUUUUGUUAUCACCAACGAUCGCCUUGCAUAUUCCCAGUGGGAUUCGCUUUAGCAAAUAAUAUCACCUUGGUGCCUCCGGCUGGCAUGAGUAGGGAGCAAUUUAGAUGGGAUCAAUAUUUAAGUGAAUCCGGAUGUGUGGCAGCUUCGAGAUCUCUCUUCUCAGCCAGAGGUCACGUUGUGUCACACGGGUUCGUGGCAGGCAUGAGAUUGGAGUGCGCCGACCUAAUGGACCCGCGUCUCGUCUGCGUUGCCACGGUCGCGAGGGUUGUUGCUGAUUUACUCAAGGUUCAUUUCGACGGUUGGGGUGGCGAGUACGACCAGUGGCUAUGGGCUCACAGUACUGAUGUGUAUCCUGUGGGAUGGUGCAGGGCUGUGGGUCACCGUUUGGAGGGACCUUUACAACCACCACGAGCACGCCGCCCUCCAGCCCGCCAGCCGAGACCCACUCGCAGGAAACGAAGACCUGCGACAAAGGUGUCUCAUCCACCAAACACUACAGAGGAAAGUUCACAGAAUUCGGAUAUGGGUGAAACAAAAAGUCUUUCACCGCCGACUAGUAUGUCUGAAUCAGCUGAUACAGAACGUUCUGAAGAUGUUUCUGUUAAGAUGGAUGUUGAUACAGAAGCCUCGGAUAGUAGAUUGGCAGAUACAAGCCAGGAUAUUAUGACGGGAACAACCACAGACAAUUCUCAGGAUGUGAAUGAAUCAUCACCCAACGAUUCCCUCAAAAGUGUAGAUGACAAAGUCAUACCCAGGCUAGUCAAUACCAGUGUGCCCUUAGAUGUUCUUAAUUCUGUUGACCCAGAAAAUUGGACCAGUGCUGAUGUAGCAAAAUUCCUUACAGUAAACGACUGCCAACCCUACUGUGUUAACUUUAACCAAAUAACUGGACCUAUGAUGCUGCAACUGUCCAAAGAUGAAAUCAUUGAACUCCUAGAAAUGAAAGUAGGACCUUCACUAAAAAUUUUCGACCUAAUACAACAGCUGAAGUGCAAAAUAAAACAACCGCAGUGUAGAUUACUUGGAAGUUUUAAGUAGUGUUUAAUGUAUAACAAAAAUGCGUUUUGCAUUAGAACUAUUGUGAACAUUGUGAACAGUUGAGUUUCUGCAUUUUUACUGCUAUUUCAUUGUGAUUAGGUGUAGGGAACGAAAAUUUUUUGACAGCGCAGAAGAAAAUCUAUGAAAUGAUACACCAAUAUUAUAAAAGUUUUUGAAUUAUAUAUUUUUUAAAGAUCAUGUUUAUAUAGACACGUUUAAUUGCUUCUGUCGAUGGCAGCUGAAAAUCAAUUAUUUAUCUGUAUCAUGAACGGUGUUGUAUGCGGAAGGUAAAAAAAAUUGUUUUAGCUUUAUGUAAGGAAGCUGUAAUAAACUAGUUAUUGCAUUUAUGUUUUGCCAUCUUGUAAUUCCUAUAUUUAUUAUUAAAUACGAUUUAAGAUUAUACAUAACAUGUUAUACAGUAUUUAAUAAUAUUGAAUCUAAUGAAUUGCUGAUGUUGGUUUAGCGAAAUUAUUGUGAUACUUUAUAAUAAAAUCUGGUUUAGUUCUAGAUUGGAGAUACCGUGUUAUGUACAUUAAAAAUGUAUUGAGGUGCAUCCUGACUAUGUUACAUGUAAUUGGGGUUUUAUUUAUACUAAAUAUUGAUGUGUGAAAGAAUAAUUUAAUUUUAAUUUAAUUUACAUAUUUGAGUGUGCUUUUACAAUUUCCUUAUCAUACAUGCAAGAGAAGGCAUUAUACUCGAUUAUUUCUUAUAAAUUAAACCUAUCUGACAAAAUUUACUGCAUUGAUGUAUAAAUAUUUUUGAAUGGUGAUAUGAAUGUACGGUUUGAAGGGAACAAUACAAUUAUUGUAUUUUGUAUUGAUGUAAGAUCAUCCCUCUAUGAGACCUACACAAUGUGGAGAUGAAUGUGUGCCGAAACACUCGCAUUACCACAAUCCAAUCUGCCUUAAUGAAGUUUUCAAUGUUUUUUAAUAAAUAUAAACAGUAUUUUUGUAAGAUUUUUUAACUGCAAUAUUCAGUAUUGUCAAUGAAUGAUUUAAGAAACAUAAUAAUGAAAUUUUAAGCAAUAAUAUAAUUCUAGAAUAUUAAAUGCAUUUAUGGAAACACGAUAUAAUGAAAAGCAUUAUUAUGUAGUAAAAAUUUUUAUAGAAAUAGUUUUGGAAUAAAGCAAGGCCAACGAAAAAAGUGUAGUAUAUGUUAGUAGAUUUGUUAUGGCUCUAGAAGUAAAAACAAAGGUAGAGAAUUAGUGUCUUAUUUUUUUAAUUUUUUUUGUAAUGUUUAUUGCUGUAAGCUUUUACAGCGUCACCGGAUUUUUUUAAAUUCCAAAGCCCUUAGGGUCACAUUGCUAAAUUCAAGAUCAUGUGUAAGUGCAACGAUAAACUAAUCUCUGUAGUCCUAAUAUAAUGGAUCAAUAUUUUCACAUAAAUUAUCUUCUUUCGCUGGCCUUACUAUAAAUAUUUAUAUAUGUUACAAGUAAUUGUAUGUGUAAGGAUUGUCUUUGGAUUUUGUUUCUAGAACCGAUAACAUAUCCGCAUACUGAUAAUGCUUGACCUUAUAAAGUGAAUACAUGUUGAAGAGUUUCAGAGAAAAAAAUCGCGAUAUCAAUGACAGGGACAGUUUUGAAUCGUUCAUAUUAGGAUUAUAACAAAUGCCUUCUUAGUGACUUACACAGAAUAUGAAUCUACUAAUAUAGUACAUGUGUUUUAGUGAUUGACUUAUACUGGUAAAAAGAAAAAUAAAUUAAUAUACCACGGAUAAA